ACGUCAGAAGCGCGCGACUGUUUGGAUGUGGAAAGCGGGACUUGAGACCCCAGUUGAGCUCCAAGGAGAUGGAUCGGUACCUGCUCCUCGUGAUCUGGGGAGAAGGAAAAGUCCCGUCCGCGGCGGGCGGGGAGGCGGAGUCGGCCGCCGAGGGUACCGAGAAGCUGCCCGACCUGACAGCAGCAAAUGUUUAUCAUGUCCUGAAAAGAAGCAUUAGUGCUUCAAUGAAUCCAGAAGAUAGUACUUUUCCAGCAUGUUCGGUAGGCGGUAUACCUGGUUCCAAGAAGUGGUUCUUUGCAGUACAGGCAAUAUAUGGAUUUUAUCAGUUUUGCAGUUCUGACUGGGAAGAGAUAUAUUUUGGUACAGAAAAAGAUGAAAUUGAAGAUGUUCUUCAAACAAAUAUUGAAGAAUGUUUGAAUACUGAGUGUUUUGAGGAAGAAGAUAGUAAUAGCAGAGAAUCAUUAUCUUUGGCUGAGCUAUAUGAAGAAUCUGCAGAAAAUUUGCAUCAGUUGUCAGAUAAACUUCCGGCUCCUGGUAGAGCAAUGAUAGAUAUAAUACUGUUGCCUUCUGACAAAGAUCCUCCUAAGUUGAAAGACUGUUUACCUACUAUAGGAGCAUUAAAACAUUUGAAGGAAUGGUAUUCAGCAAAAAUUACUAUAGCAGGAAAUCAUUGUGAAAUAAAUUGUCAGAAAAUUGCAGAAUACCUCUCCGCUAAUGUUGUAUCUUUAGAAGAUCUCAAAAAUGCUAUUGACUCAAAAGAAUUAUGGAGGGGAAAAAUUCAGAUAUGGGAAAGAAAGUUUGGAGUUGAAAUUAGUUUUCCUGAAUUUUGUUUAAAGGGAGUUACACCCAAGAAUUUUAGUACAUCUAAUUUAAAUCCUUGCAUUCUAACCAACAAGGUAAUACCAUCAAAGGAUAAGAAUAUUUUGCCAAAGGUUUACCAUUAUUAUGGCCCUGCUUUAGAAUUUGUGCAGAUGAUAAAAUUAUCAGAUCUACCCUCCUGCUAUAUGUCGGACUUCGAAUUUGAGUUAGGGCUGACAAAAAACAAUACCAAACAGAAUUCCGUGUUGUUGUUGGAGCAGAUUUCCUCUCUGCGUGGCAAGGUUGGUGCACUUUUUGUAUUGCCGUGUACUAUUAGUAACAUAAUUAUUCCACCUCCCAGCCAACUCAGCUCAAGAAAAUGGAGAGAAUACAUAGCUAAAAAGCCUAAGACAAUCAGUGUUCCAGAUGUUGAAGUGAAAGGAGAGUGUUCUAGCUAUUAUCUCCUCUUACAAGGUAAUGGUGACAGAAAAUGUAAAGCCACAUUGAUUCAUUCAGCCAACCAGAUCAAUGGCUCAUUUGCACUCACUUUAAUUCAUGGAAAGAUGAAAGCAAGGACAGAAGAAGCCAAACUGAGCUUUCCUUUUGACUUCUUGUCACUUCCACAUUUUUCGGGUGAGCAACUUAUACAGAGAGAGAAACAGUUAGCUAAUGUUCAAGCUUUGGCUUUGAAAGAAUGUCUGAAAAGGAGAAAGUUGGCAAAGCAGCCUGAAGCAGUUUCUGUUGAUGAAUUCAAAAGUCUAUUGAUACUCACAAGGGAAUCCUUUUUAGAGCAUUUUGAUGCUGUUAUUCCUAAAACAAUUCCAAUAAAGACAGACAAAAUUAAAACCUCCAAUAUGUUAAAUGAUGCCAGUUCAGUGGAAUCUACUUCUUCAAAUCUAAUGGAAACCAAUGCUCUGGAAUGGCCAGAAAGGCAUGUUCUUCAAAAUUUGGAAAGUUUUGAAAAAGCUAAGCAAAAAAUGAGAACUGGUUCAUUACCUCGUUCAUCUGAGCAGUUGCUGGGCCACAAAGAAGGGCCACGGGACUCGAUCACAUUAUUGGAUGCUAAAGAAUUACUGAAAUUCUUUACUUCAGAUGGAUUACCAAUUGGAGAUCUUCAGCCUUUACAGAUUCAAAAGGGGGAAAAGACUUUUGUUCUGACACCGGAACUUAGUCCUCGGAAACUUCAGGGUUUACCUUUUGAAAAAGCCUCAGUGUGUCAUUAUCAUGGGAUUGAAUACUGUUUGGAUGACCAAAAAGCAUUAGAAAGAGAUGGGGGAUUCUCUGAACUUCAGUCUCGUCUCAUCCGUUAUGAAACCCAAACCACCUGCACUAGAGAAAGUUUUCCGGUACCCACUGUGUUGAGCCCUCUUCCAUCACCUGCCGUCUUGUCAGAGCCUGGCAGUGUCCCUGAUGGAGAAGCUUUACAAAGCGAGCUCCGCACUGAAGUAUCUCGAUUGAAAAGGGGAUCAAAAGAUGUGAAUUGCCUUUAUCCCCCAAAAAGACUUGUGAAGUCUGAAAGUUCGGAUUCUCUUCUUUCUCAAACAAGUGGCAAUACUAAUCGUCGUCAUCAUGCAGUGACAUCCAGAAAACCCCGAGCAGAGCGAUCAUUAUCUGUGACUUGUCCAUCAGUUCCAGUUCUUAGCUGUGAAACUUCAAAAGUCACUACAAAGGCCAGUUCAGGUCAAAAAAGUGUUCAUGGAUCAAAAACAUCAAGGCAAAUUAAGGAAUCAAGAUCACAGAAACACACACGGAUACUGAAAGAAGUAGUUACAGAAACACUGAAGAAACACAGCAUUACUGAGGCUCAUGGAUGUUUCACUGCCUGCAGCCAACGUCUCUUUGAGAUCUCCAAGUUCUAUCUGAAGGAUCUUAAAACAUCAAGGGGUCUAUUCGAAGAAAUGAAGAAAGCAGCAAACAACAAUGCUGUACAGGUGAUUGAAUGGGUAUUAGAAAAGGCAAGCAAGAAAUAACACAGAAUCCUUCUCUUUGGACAGUUAUAAAUUGGCCAGAGCUAUCAUUUGCUACCUCCUUCCUUGGUUGACAAUUAUAAGCAAAUUUCAAACUUUAUUCAAAGAAUAGAUAUUUCUAAAGAAUUUCAUAAAUAUCCAAUGUUUAUGUAGUUUUGAGGGUGUUCAGUUAAUGUGUUUUUUAAUUGUAUACUUAUUUUAUAAUUUCACUAUAUUUUCAUUUUUAAGGUUAAUAUUUUUAUAUAUGUUUUUAAAUUUUCACUCUUGGUUAUUUAAAAAUUUCCAAUAAAUGGAAAAUAUUAUUUAUUUUCUUCUUGGUAAAUGUCUUUGUUGUUAGGCCUAUUUAAAUUACUGAAUCUCAGGUAAGAUUGCCAGUGGCUUUUCUCAUGUGACCUCUCAGCAUACUUAAUUGGACAGUACCUGGUUUUAAAAAUAUUAGUAAAAAAAUUCACACAGGUAGCCUUCUUCCCUCAUCCCUGCCCCAGAGCCAGUACUGUUGGAGCUAUCAGUGUUUAUUUGGGAUUAAAAAUGAAGAAAGGUUAGAAAUUGUGAAAAUAAGAUAUAGUAAAAAUUACUAAGUAGAGACUGCCAGAAAAAUAUGGAAAAUGCAGAAAAUAAAAAACAGAGUAUAAACAAAUUCCAACAUUGCCUCAAUGUAUGUAACCACAGUUGAUAUAUUUUUUAAAGAUUUUAUUUAUUUAUUGGCAGAGAGGGAACACAAGCAGGGGGAAUGGUAGGCAGAGAGAGAGGGAGAAGCAGCCCAAAGUAGGUCUUGAUCC